UUCGAUGGAUCGGACUUGGCGGAAGUGAAGUGAAAGAGUGAAGCGGGCCCAUUCAGACCGAUGCGAUACGAUCCGGACUCGAUUCGAUUCGAUCUUAACCGUUUUGGAGAACCGGCAGUGGCGGAGAACGACGCAGGCGCAGGCGCAGAAGCGAACGCUGCGAAAUUGUUACCGCUGCGCAUGCGCAGACAGGCCGUACUUGUUGUUGCGCUAUCGCGGCUUAAUUACCAACGCCCCCCGCGGAAAAGCCCCGGAAAAGCCACCGACCCGAGUUGUUUGUCUGCAUUUUUCAACGGUGGUGUGUGCCAGUGUGAGUGCUAGAGGCCAUCUCUCUGGGAAAACAUUCUUCCCGAGCGGAGCUUUCUUUUUGUGUAUAACAAAAGAGAACUAGGCGCAAACAGAAAUCCGAAAAAAACAAACGUAAACAUCGCGAACUUGUGCAAUCCGGCCACAAAAACAAAAGACCCGCGAAGCAGUGGUUCCCAGGCAUCAGCAUAAAGUGCAAUUUACCAGCAGCGCCCGAAAAUCGAGAUGGAAGCGUGGAAGCAGCUGCCAAACGGAGGGCGUUUUCUGCUCGUACUCCUGGUCUGCAUCGCCCACUUAGGGCAGCAAAUCUCCGCCUGGCGCCCCUGUCCGGAGCUCAGUCCCGCCCUGCGUCUGCCAUGCAGGUGCAAUGUGGUUCCGUUUGCGGCGACUGGUCAGCUGGGAGCCGUGGCCAUGGACUGCGAUCGCGUUGUCUUCCACGGCGAUGCCCCGCAACUGCCUUAUGGAGCGCCCAUCGUGGCGUAUACGCAACGUCACAGCGGCCAACAGGUGCUGCCCGCCCAGACUUUCGGCCAGCUGAAGCUGACCAUUGAGGAGCUGGAUCUGUCCUACAAUCUCAUCCGCAGGAUUCCGGAGAAAGCCUUCGAUGGUCUCAAGGAAUCGCUGAACGAAUUGCGGCUGGCCAAUAAUCUAUUGGGCGACAAUCUGAAUCCCAUCUUUUCCACCGCCGAACUGCAUGUGCUGAAGAACCUGAGGAUCUUGGAUCUGUCCGGAAACAAGAUCAAGCUCAUCGAGGAGGGUCUUCUCAAGGGCUGUGUGGACCUGAAGGAGUUCUACAUAGAUCGCAACGGCUUGACGGCAGUGCCCACCAACUCUCUCAAUGGACCGAGUGCCCUGAGACACCUUUCGCUGCGCCAGAACCAGAUUGGAACCAUUCUUCCAGACUCUUUCAAUGCCCAGCGCCAGUUGGAGAUCAUAGAUCUGCGGCACAAUGUCAUCCGCAGCAUCGACAGCCAGGCCUUUAGGGGUCUGCAGAAGAUCCGGGAAAUCAAGCUGGCCGGAAACCGUAUCGGUAACCUCAACAGUGAUGUCUUCGAGAAACUGCCGUCGCUGCAGAAGCUAGAUCUGUCCGAGAACUUCUUCAGUCAGUUCCCCACAGUGGCUCUGGCUGCAGUUCCCGGAGUAAAGCACCUAAAUCUGUCCUCAAACAUGUUGCAGCAAUUGGACUACACCAACAUGCAGGUGGUAAGGUCUUUGGAAAGCCUGGAUAUCAGUCGCAACACCAUCACCAGCAUAACACCAGGAACUUUCCGGGAGAUGGGUGCUCUCAAGUAUCUGGACCUUAGCUUGAACUCUCUGAGAACGAUUGAAGACGAUGCCUUGGAGGGCUUGGACAGCCUGCAGACGCUCAUCAUCAAGGACAACAACAUCCUCUUGGUGCCAGGCACUGCCCUGGGUCGCCUGCCGCAGUUGACAUCCCUGCAAUUGGACUACAAUCGAGUGGCUGCGCUCUCCUCCGAGAUCCUGGGUUCCCUUCAGGCGGGAGAUAUAACCACCCUUACUUUGUCGAGGAAUGUCAUCCGGGAACUACCCCCGGGAAGCUUCCAGAUGUUCAGCAGCCUGCACACCUUGGAUCUGUCCGGAAAUUCCCUGGCCUUGAUCAAUGCAGAUACCUUUGCGGGAUUGGAGAGCACUUUGAUGGCCCUGAAGCUAUCGCAGAACAGGUUAACUGGUCUUGGAGGAGCUCCUUGGGUUUUGCCCGAGCUGAGAGCACUGGAUCUGAGUGGCAAUAGCCUUACCGAGCUGCCCAGCAACAUUUUCGAGGAACUGGAGAAUCUGCAAUCUCUCAACCUGAGUGGCAAUCACCUGACCCCACUUACUGGAGCUCUCUUCAAGCCCCUGGAUCGCCUGCAGGUCAUUGAUCUAAGUCGCUGUAACAUACGCCAGAUAAGCGGUGACCUUCUGGCAGGAUUGCAGGAUCUGAAGCACAUUUACCUCAACGAUAACCAGCUGCAGGAGCUCCAGGAUGGCAGCUUCGUCAACCUGUGGAACAUCAGCUCCAUUGACCUGUCCAACAACCGCAUUGGAUCCAUUCGCUCCGGAGCCUUUGUGAAUGUGAUGAAGUUGCAGAAACUGAAUCUUCAUGGCAACCAGUUGUCCGCUUUCAAGGGAGAGUAUUUCAAUACGGGAACGGGAAUAGAGGAGUUGGACAUUUCGGACAACCAGCUGAGCUACCUGUUUCCCUCCUCCUUCAGAAUUCAUCCGAGAUUGAGGGAAAUCCGAGCGGCUAAUAAUAAGUUCUCCUUCUUCCCGGCGGAACUUAUUUCCUCCCUGCAGUACCUGGAGCACAUUGAUCUGUCCUUUAACCAACUGAAAACCAUUGAGGAACUAGACUUUGCUAGACUGCCCCGCCUUAGGGUGCUUCUGGUGGCCAACAACCAGCUGGACAUGGUCAGCGAGAUGGCCUUCCACAACUCCACCCAACUGCAGAUCUUGGACCUGGCCCACAAUAACCUGGAUCGCAUUGGAGAGAGGACUUUUGAGGGCUUGGUGCGAUUGGAGCAGCUCAACCUGGAGGGCAACCGGCUGUCGGAGCUUUCGGAUGGGGUCUUCGAGCGCUCCAAGCUCCAGAUGCUGGAGAAUAUAAACCUUGCAAGGAAUCGCUUUGAAUAUGCUCCUCUGAAUGCCCUGCAAAGGCAAUUCUUCUUUGUGUCCUCCGUGGAUUUGAGUUACAACAAGAUCAAGGAGCUGCCCGGAGAUGAUAGCAUCAUGGUGAACAUCAAGAGGAUCGACCUUUCCUUCAAUCCCCUGAGUCCCAAGGCAGUGCACAAUGUUCUUAAUGAACCCAAGACCGUGAGGGAACUCAGUUUGGCCGGAACGGGUAUUGAGAACUUGGAGCUUCUGGAGACACCCUUCCUCCAGUUCCUGAAUCUUUCCCACAAUAAGCUGAGAAAUGUAAAGCCAGAGGUCUUCCAAAGAGUGACUCUCUUGGAGACCUUGGACCUCUCCAGCAAUGAGUUGGAGUCCCUGGACGAUCUCUCCAUGGCUUGGCCUCAACUGCAGGUUCUCCAGACCCUGGAUGUGUCCAACAACAGCUUUGAGAUCGUCUCCCAGUCGAACUUUGGUAAACUGGAGAUGCUGCGUUCGCUGCGCUUGAGCCACCUGCCCCAGUGCACCAGGAUCGAGAAGAAUGCUUUUAAACAGCUGCCCAAUCUGGUCAACUUGGAGGCCUAUGACCUUCCCCUGCUUGGCUACCUGGAUCUGCAAGGCAUCCUGGAACUACUUCCCGGUCUGGAAGUCCUGGAUAUUGAAGUUAAGGACUCCAGCAUAGGCAGCGAGCAGAUCCAGCCACUGAAGCAUCCGCGUCUCAGAAGCCUGGGCAUUAGAGGAGAACGAUUAAAGUCCAUUUCCUCUGGCACGUUGGCGGGUCUGAAGAGCAGUGACCUGAGUGUCCAGCUAAGAAAUACUUCUCUGAGUGCCCUGCCACCAGCUCUGCUGUUCCCGGUGCCCAGAUCCUCCCACCUCAACCUAGAUGUCGAGGGAUCCAAGAUCUCAGUGCUAGUGCCCCAGUUUCUGAACGCUCUUGAGGAUCGCCGUGCUAGUCUGCAGCUGCAGGGCUUGGCCAGCAACCCCAUAAACUGCGAUUGCAAUGCUAGAGCUCUCCGGAGGUGGCUUCCCAGCUCUGGAAUGCCGGAUGUCACCUGUGCCGCGCCUGCCUACCUGGUCAACCGGAAGCUCAUCGAAGUGGGCGACGAUGAACUCACCUGUGAUGCCCGCAGGAUGACUUCCUCCACCUCCAGACCCACUGCCCCAGUGCCCCAUCUCUUGAAGACCUCCAGCCAGCUGGUCACAAGAAGCAGCUCCACCACCGAGGAACCCUUGAUCAUCUGGAGCCUGGAGCCCACACAGCCUCCAAGCCUGAAGAAGAUCAAGACCAAGGCUCCGCUGAUGAAGGCCCAAUCCCCGAUCAUAAGCAAUGAUGACACUCUGAUCAUAGGCAUCGUGGGGGGCGUGGUAGCCUUCAUAGCCAUCCUCAUCAUCAUCAUCUGCAUCAUAAGGCUGCGCAUGAGCAAUGCGGAGUACCAGCAGAAUGCAGCCAUGAUAGGCAUCCCGGCGGGCAUGCAAAUGGGAGCCCACAAUGCGGCCUACAACUACAAGAACGGAGCGGGAGCCGCCCUCUAUGCGGUGCCUCCUUACCAAGCCAGCUAUGCCACGCUGCCGCACAAGGCCGCCUCCAUCCACCAGUCCAGCCAGAAUCUCUCCCAGCGCCAGCAGCGGGAGCAGCAGCAGCAGCAGGCGGCAGCGGCGGCGGCGGCCUACUCGACCAUGUCCCGCAUGUCGUACUUCAGCGGAGCGGGCGGAGGAGGAGCAGGCGGAAAUGGCAAUGGCGAUGGGGCCGAGAGCCUCACGCAUCAGCAUCCGCACCAGCACCAGCCCUACAUCAUAUACUCGGAUGACAAGGCCUACAGAUAAGCCGACAUCGAGGGCGUCUUCAUCUUUCCCACUCCUCCUCAACCGCCUCCUCCAUUCUGUCCAUUUCAAUAUCAGUCAGUCAGUCAGGCGCAUCGCCGCAAACAGGUUCUACAUUAUAUCGCCGCUCUCAGCCAACGUUGUAUAUAGACUUAAACAAAAACACUCUAACUGUAACCCUAACUAUAUCUAUGUCUAACCAUAGUUAAGUGCAAGCAAAUCGCUUACGCGGAAUAAACAAAUUUAGUAUAA